CCGCAGAGUCCGCACAAUAUAAAGCAGCGCCUGUCUCGCCUGGCGCAUUCGUCUGCUCCCCCGGAUCCAAGAGAGCACCGCACCGCUGCCCUAUCUGAACAAUGGCCCGCUUCCAACCCUUUGCAGACCUCCCGCAUAUGCCCUCGGGGGAUAAUCUACCCCAGGAUUAUGAGCUGUUUCCCUGCCAGUACGAAUCUUACCCGGACCCCACGAUUAUCCAACGCCCCUCGGCUUUCCAGAUGCAGCUUUCGCCUGCUGAAAUUCCAGUGAAGAGCCCCUACUUUGCUGCUUCCUGUGUGCCAUGGUCAGGCGAGCCGAUCUUAUCCCAUCACCCCGGCCCAUUGACUGCUCCAUCCGACUUCGGCUCUCCCUGGUGCAGCGAUCUUGCAUCUAGCCCUGGUGCCGAAAGCAUCGAAAGCAGCAGCUCCAGCUGGUUGAACAUGGGAUGUUAUAUGUCCCCUCCUUACACGUGCGAUGAUGCUAUGCUUUCGCAACCUGGUUUCGAAUCCUGCUCCUCACCAGCCGCCUUCAGCGGUGUCGACAGUCUCGUGGCACCUUCCCAGGUGUACCCCGAGCCUGAGCCUAUCGUGAAGCUCGAGACCGAGACGAGGAAUUUCGUGAAUGAAGCGCUUUGCUACAGCAGCACCCCGCAACCCAACGAGUCGGACAUUGCCUGUGACGUUCAAAUCUAUACGUGUCCCGACACAACCAGUCAGCCAGUCACUUGCAACUCGCCUAGCUUCCAGGCCAAGUCCCGGAAAGCAUCCAAACCUACCGCUAGCCGCAUCAGCAAGCGACCUCGCAAGGCCUCCGCCAAGGCAGGGUCCAUUUCCGCACCCAAGUCUCGCUCCAAGGCCAGUGGUAAGAAGGAUGCUGCGGUGGCUAGCCGGGUGUUCGUCUGCAGUUUCUCACAUUUCGGAUGCCCGAGCACCUUCGUGUCCAAGAACGAGUGGAAACGCCAUGUGACCUCACAACACAUCCAGCCGGGGUUCUACCGGUGCGAUGUCGGACGCUGCUGUCUCGACAACCUCAGCAAGGACCGGAACCCCGAAUCCGACGACUGUCCUGCAUACAACGAGACGCACCUGGUCAACGACUUCAACCGCAAAGAUCUUUUCACCCAGCACCAACGGCGCAUGCACGCUCCGUGGGUUGCUCGGAACCGCAAGCACCCGGAAACCGACCAAGAGCGGGACGAGUUUGAGCAGAGCCUCGAGGCCGUCCGGGAGCGCUGCUGGCACGAGCAGCGCAAGCCCCCUUCUCAGAGCUGCUGUGGCUUCUGUGGGCAACAUUUCAGCGGGGCGAGAAGCUGGAACGAGCGCAUGGAACACGUCGGGCGCCAUUACGAGAAGGGCGACUUGCAGUAUGAGGCGGAGGACCUCCUGUUGCGCCAGUGGGCGAUGGAGGAGGAACUCAUUCAGCGGGUGGGAGGAGAGUGGAAGUUGGUCGCUCUUUGCGACAAGUAAAAGUCUCUUCUUCCCGCCUGCCAUCUCCUACGCCCCUUCCACGAUUCUUCUUGUGUCGUUUUCUUCUUUGUUUCCUUUGUUGAUUUCCCCCUCUACUCUUUUCUAAUCCCCCUUCUCUGCCCUGGCUAUUUUGAACAGACAGAGAGAUGAUGACUGACGACUGAUGUCCUGUACUCACUACUUUCACGCGCAUUUGCGACUACGUUGUUCUCCUUGGGAAAGGUUUCCGGUUCGCACAAUACCCAUCCAUACAUACAUACCUACUACACUCGAGAGGGAGGAGCUGGCAGGUGCAUGCAUAUGCAGUUGGCUUUCCUAUCUCAAGCACCACUAGGAGUUGAUGACCAAUAUAGAAAUGAUUCUUCAC